AUGGAGUUUAUUAAAGAGGAGAGUGAAGACGUGAAGAUUGAAGAAGCUUUCAAACAAGAAGAUGCUGAGGAACAAACAGACCUGAUGCCACUGAAAGAGGAGAGUCAAGAACUGAAUGAAAUGGAAGAGAAAAAUCAGUAUGAGAAAUGCCAUGAUUUCAUGACUGGGGAAACAUCUUUGAGUUACUCACAGACUCAUGAAACAGAAACUAGGAACCUUGAAGUCCAGAAGAAAGUUCACACUGGAGAGAGCCCGUUCACCUGCCAACAGUGUGGAAAAAGUUUCAGUCGAAAGACAAGCCUUAAAGCCCACAUGAGAAUUCAUACUGGAGAGAAGCCUUUCACCUGUAAACAGUGUAGAAAAAGUUUCUAUCAAAAGACUAACCUUAAAUUCCACAUGAGAAUUCAUACUGGAGAGAAGCCUUUCACCUGUCAACACUGUGGAAAACAUUUCAGUCGAAAAGAAAACCUUAAAGUCCACUUAAAAGUCCAUGCUGGAGAGAAGCCAUUCAUUUGCUUUCAAUGUGGAAAGAGAUUUACAGAGAAACAUAAACUUAAUGCCCACUUAAGAGUUCAUACUGGAGAGAAACCUCACACCUGCAAACUGUGUGGGAGGAGCUUCUCAAUUAAAGGAAGUCUUACAAGUCACAUGAGAGUUCACACUGGAGAGAGACCUUUCACCUGCCAACACUGUGGAAAGAGUUUCACUCGAAAAGAGAGCUUUAAAGUCCACUUGAAAAUCCACACUGGAGAAAAGCUGUUCAUAUGUUCUCAGUGUGGAAUGAGAUUUACACUGAAACAUACCCUUAAUAGCCACUUGAGAGUUCACACUGGAGAGAAGCCUUACUCCUGCCAACAGUGUGGGAGGAGCUUUGCACUAAAAGCAAAUCUUAAAAAUCACCUGAGAUUUCACACUGGAGAGAGCCCUUUCACCUGCCAACAGUGUGGAAAGAGUUUCACUCGAAAAGAGAGCCUUAAAGUCCACAUGAGAAUUCAUACUGGAGAGAAGCCUUUCACCUGUCAACGGUGUGGAAAAGGUUUCAGUCGAAAAGAGAGCCUUAAAGUCCACUUAACAAUCCAUGCUGGAGAGAAGCCAUUCAUUUGUCCUCAGUGUGGAAAUAGAUUUACACAGAAUAAAACGCUUAAUGUCCACAUGAGAACUCACACUGGAGAGAAGUCUUUCACCUGCAAACUGUGAGAAGAGCUUCACAGGAAAAGAACAUUUAAUGUCUCACAUGGCAAUUCACAAUGGAGAGAAUCCUUUUGUUUGUGAUCAGUGUGGAAAGAGUUUCAGAUAUAAAGAAUGCUUUAAUCGUCACAAGAGGUUUCACUCAGGAGAGAAAUGAUUUAGAUGUCACAGGUGCCUAAUGAGUUUCUCAGACAGGAAUGACCUGAAGAAUAAUGUAAAAAUCCACAUCAUAGAGAAGCCUCACACAUGCCCUCACUGUGAAAAGAGUUUAACGAAAAGAGCAAACUGAGAAUCACAAGUAUUCAUAAUUCACAUUCAUAUAAGGAAACCUUAGGAUUCACAUGAGACUUCACACUGGAGAGAAGCCUUACAAGUGUCCUCAGUUUCACAUAUCACACAGAACUGAAACAGCAUUUGCAAACUCACUCUGGAAAGAAAUGCUGAUUUCCACAGUGUAAUGAUGUUUAGAAAAAGGAAAGAUUUCACUCUGGAGAAAGACGAUUCACUGUAAUAAAAACAUCACACUUACACAUACAUAUGAAAAACCAUGUAAAUGUCAAACCCUGUUUGUGUGUAUCUUUUAGAAAUCAGUGCUACUU